UGUGUGUGUGUGUGUGUGUGUGUGAGUGAGUGCGAUACAGAGAGAGGGAGAGAGAGGACUGCCGUUGAGAUUGGACUCUAUCACGUUUUCAUUAUUAGUCUAAAAUGCUUUAGUACCGUGCUUAUUAGCGCAGGCUGCCAUUCAUCUGUCCUGUCAGUCAAAGAGAUCAGUCACGCGGGAUACGUUAAGUUCAGGUCUAGAAAGAGAGUGGAGCAACUGAAGGCCCAAGAUGCCCGAGCAGAGCAACGACUACCGUGUGGUGGUGUUUGGAGCAGGGGGUGUGGGGAAGAGCUCCCUGGUGCUCCGUUUUGUGAAAGGCACUUUCCGGGACACCUACAUCCCGACGGUGGAGGACACGUACCGACAAGUGAUCAGCUGUGACAAGAGCGUCUGCACCCUGCAGAUCACAGACACAACCGGCAGCCACCAGUUUCCUGCCAUGCAGCGUCUGUCCAUCUCCAAGGGGCAUGCAUUCAUCCUGGUCUACUCCAUCACUAGUAAGCAAUCCCUGGAAGAAUUAAAGCCCAUAUACCAGCAGAUUCUUGCUAUCAAAGGCAACGUAGAGAACAUCCCCAUCAUGCUUGUGGGAAACAAGAGUGAUGAGACUCAACGGGAAGUCAAGACCGAGGACGGAGAGGCCCAGUCCAAGAUCUGGAAGUGUGCUUUCAUGGAGACCUCGGCUAAGACUAACCACAAUGUCACUGAGCUUUUCCAGGAGCUUCUCAACUUGGAGAAGAAGAGGAACAUGAGUUUGAACAUCGAUGGCAAACGUUCUGGGAAGCAAAGCAGGGCUGACAAGCUGAAGGGGAAAUGCAGCAUCAUGUAGAGCGCUUGUUAGAGACAUGGUGAGAUAAAGCGGAGAGAUCGAGUGAUAAAAUAACAAAGGAAAGGAACUGAGGAGGGAAAAAUGAAUGGAGAUGGUGUUACUUGACAUUUCAUGCCUAUUUCUGAUAACAAGGAUUUUACGCUGACAUCUCAAAUUUCAUCCUUCACCACAGUCUUUUGCCUUAACAAGCACUGGCCUGUUCAUAUUGCCUUGUCUGUUUCUAUUACAGAAAUCUCUCACAUCUGAGAAAAAUUGAGACAGCAAUCACUUGCUAAACAGCCCUUUUUGAGUUCAUGAUGCAAAUAUUUUUAUUAAAUAAAGCAGCCAGGCUUUAUAUCGGCCUUGAGAUGGUAUCCAGACAUAGGACUUUGCAUAAUGACAACUAAACUUUUGUUUUGUAUGUUUAUCAAAUGUUAAGCAAGUAGCAUCAGUAUGAGAUUAUAUAACAGUUGCGUAUACAGUAUACAGGUUGUGUAGAAUCCACUUUUAUUUGUUGUCCUCAAAACAUUUUGCAUGUCCUUAUAUCUUAAAAAAUACCAACCAAUAAUUAAGACAAUGAUUUUGUUAAACAUUAGCAAAAUACCAGAGAAACAUAGAAUGCUUUGUAAAAUUAUUACCUGCAAUGACAUCAAGGCAGAUCAAAAAUCUGAAACCAUAUACACUUCAUAUUUCAUGCAGAUGCACACAUGCUUAUGUAAUCAUCAUCGCCACCAUCUCUGGUGUUCAGCUGCUCAAGAUUGAAACACUUUUGGCCUCCCUAGUAAUUUAGAGUGAGACAGAAUCUCUAUCUUAUUUUUUAUGUUUCUCAAGAUGAACUGCUCAUAUUUUAUAACUGUAUAACUGAGACUAUAACAAAUGUAGUCAAUCAGGAAAUGAAUGCAUUUGCAGGAGGUGCAUUUUGGCAGCAAAAAUAAAUUGAGGAAGCAAGUCAUCUACCCUAGAUAUAGAGACUAAAGUAAACAUCCAAGAGUAUAUAUAAUAUGGCCACCUGAAGUUAUAAGAGUUUUAGGAUAAAGAAACCAAAUAUGUAAUGUUUAAACAUUUCAAAUGUUUUCCAGAAUUAGCCAUUUUUAUUUAUAUCACAGUACCAGACAUUACAGGAGUUUUUGGAUUGAAACAAUUCAGUUUUUGUGUUCUCAGUGACCCUUAUAGGAACACCACCAACCUGUUUCAGUUUCGGUAAGAGAAUGCAAUCACACUGCAAAUCAGCCUUUGACAAAAUAAAUCUCUUGCUUCAAAGGGCCUUGAUUGUAUAGCAUUAUAUUUUUAUCCAACCAGCUGAUUGCCUUUGUACACCAUUGUGAGAAAUGUUUUCAGGUUGUGCAUUACAGAUCUGACAACAUUGUUUAUCCAUGUUAUGCUGGUUUGCUAGUUUUUGAACAGGGUACACCAGAAAUGAGUAGAAAAAGAAAGCUUUACACAACAACAUUUCAGAAAACUAAUACAACUAAGACAGAAUUCAUAUGGUUUAUCUUGUUAGACUUGUAAAUGAAGCAAUUUUGGUGACAUAUUAUAAUCCUGUGGUAAAAAGUGACUUAUUAAAAAGAAGUAUAUUAAACACUCAGAUAUGAAUGAUAACAUUUCACACAAUUAUUUUGGCGCAGGUAGAAAACUAGCAUUAUAAAUAAGUAGAAGAGUAUUAUAUCCCAACCCCUGUAUACAGAAGCUAUAAUAUAUACUAAUGAUAUACUGUGACAAGCAUUGCAAUAGAACAGAAGACAAUAUCAUCAGUCAUAUAUAGUUUCUGGUUUGCUGUCAGUUAAUAUUAUGACUCAGCCUCUGAUUGAUUUAUAUGAUUAAUAUUUUAAUAUUAGUUCCCUGGAUGCCCCACCAACACAUUCAUCCCCUUAAAAUGGUGCUAUAAUUUACCACCUCCGUACUGGUGACAGCAGUUCUGCUCUGCAUGGUUUAUGCAAUCAUAUCAGGAUAAAAAUCCCCUCUUUUAUCACUCUGCAGAGUUUUGCUGAUUUAUGGCUUUGUAAUUUGCUAAAUUCAGAACAACGCCUCAUCCAUCUAUCGUGACUGUAUUCGAAUCCAUUAUACCUGAAUCUACGUGUCCAAUCUCUAUAAAGCCCACUCCACUGGUGUAUGAGUCACACUGCUGAUACCAUCAAACAUUGCAAGCAGCAAGAGAGGAAAACUGCAGAGCGUCUUGCAUUUUACAUGCAUGGGAAGUCUGCGCUAUCUGUAGAGUGUCCUUUUGGUUGACUUGCUUCCGCAAUGCCAAUGCCCAUCAGUUCUGUGUAUAAAAUAAUAAUUACAUAUCAUGCACAUUUUAUUGUAAAUAUUUGUAAAUUGUAUGUAAAGAAUAUGACCCUGUAAAGAAAUCAUCACUGACUCUUGUUGGAUGAACCUACAGACAUGGACACAAUUCCAUUGAAAGCUCUUCAUGUGUUUGGUUGGAAUCCUAGGGGGCUUUUGUGUACAUCUGGAUUAUCUUCAUGCAUUUUUCAAUUGGUAUCUUAAAUCUGGUUUACACAGUGAGCACUUUAAAUGCCUAAGGGUAAUGGAAUGUACUGUGAAACGUAUGUAAAUGACGACCUCUAUUUCAUAAUUCGAAUUACGCAUGGUCUCACUUGAUGUUUAGCCAGCAUGAAGGCAAGCAACAAAACUGUGAAGUGACUUUUCAACUCUGCAUUUUAUUAUUUUCUUUUUUGUUCAAUAUUUUACUAAAGUGUUUUCUUUUUUAUUAUUAUAGCUAUUAGCUAUUAAUGUGUAUGAUAUGUCCUUUAGCAAUAGUCUUCCUAAGACGUGGUAUGCUGUGAUCACGCAUCCCAAAUAAAGGAAAAUAAGUACUAAUAUAUAUGUAUAGAUAUACCUGCAAAUAUUCUCUAAUAAAUCUGCAAAUUGAUUUUUAUAAUAAAAAAAUUAAA